GUUAUACAUACAUGUAAGCAUUCGAUCAAAUAAUAAAACAGAAACAUACGCAGCUGUACACACCCUUGUUUACCGCCACUUCGACUGUGCUUUUAGUGUAUAAAAAUAGAGAUGGGAAUGAGGACAAUCUUGAUUCUUCUGUCUCUUGUUUCAGCAUGCCUGGCUUGCAAAUCGAGUCUUUAUGGGGAAUGGACAGACGACAAAACCCAGCAGACUGUGACAUUUAGCUCCUCGGGGGUGACCGGAUGGGACGUGAGCUUGUUCAGCCACACGGUGAACACGUGGAAGUGUGCUGAGGAGUCCACAGACCAAAUACUACUGAGCUCAUCCCCGGUCGACAUCUACAGCCUGUAUUUUGUCGUCCACCGAUGCAUCACAGUGACGAAAGAAACCGACUGUAAAUAUCAAAUCACAUUCAACAACCCGGUUGAACCUAAUGCAGGCAACGAGAGGGUCACUGUAUUGUUGAAGAAUGAUGACGCAACCUUAUCUAUGUGUUCUUCUGACGGAGAGACCCGAACAAUCACGAAGAAUGGUUGCGUGUAGUCAAGUAAAUCUUCGAGGCACUCUCAAUCAACUGACCACGGACUUUGUCAUCUGUUCUUGUAACAUUUCUUCAAACUAUUAGAAUUUUAUCAAAUAUGUUGAAGUUAUUCAUAUUUUGUAAAACAUAAAAACAAAGGGAUACUGAUUAAGUAAAAACUACCAGUAGUACUGUACAACAAGGAGUCGAUUAAAGGAAUAGAUUAAAUCGUCUCAG